AUGCUUAAGGCUCGCGAGCAGUCAGCGACAAACCUAGCUCCGCGACAGGCCAGAAAACGAUCACGAAUACAGCGCGUGGCGCUCUACUGCACGCGCAACCGACCGACAAACAAACGGGAUGUACGGGACGUAUUUGGAGUCAGGUUCGACAGCACGACCGAUGAGACGGUUUUGACGGCAGUAGACCAUCCCGCGAAACCCGUAGAAACGGCCCGCGAAACUUGCCAAAUCGACAUUGACCAGUUAUCGGAGGAUGAAUGGAAGCGGCUGCAACCGCUUCUGUGGCUCGAGCUGGAAUCCCUCUUCGGCAAGGAUCGCGUAUCCCCGGUCAGACAGAAACCGUUUAAGCCAACGCGCAAGGAGAAAGGCAACGGUGUCUUUGGUGUGUCGCUGAAUACACUUAUUCACCGCGACCAGCAGGUAUUCACCGGAAAGGAUACGACCGUGACCUUGGUACCGCUAGUGCUGCAGGUCAUACUGUCCGAGCUGGCAGUGCGCGGUGCUAGGGAGGAAGGCAUUUUGCGAGUAUCGGGAAACAAACAGAGGAUCGACGCCCUGUACAAUGAGAUCGAGCACAAUUUCUACCGCAAACCGGAAAAGAUCGAUCCGCUGAUCAAGGAAGCGGGUGUGCAUGAUCUCAGCUCGCUAUUGAAGCGUUGGCUAAGGGACUUGUCGCAGCCACUCUUGACCAACGAUCUGGUGCACCUUUUCUUUCAAACGAACGUUUUACCUCCACACGAUCAGUGUAAAGCGCUGGCGGUGCUUUGCCAACUACUGCCGCACGAAAAUCGCAACACACUGCGCGCGCUGUUGCAUUUCUUCCGUCGAGUAGUGGAGCAGCAACACCUGAACCGAAUGUCCCAACAGAACGUGGCAACGAUCAUUGCGCCCUCGUUCUUCCCACCAACAUUUGUGCAUCCACUAGACCACAAGGACGAUAUGGGAGCGCAAACACAGAUAGCUGACAAGUGUUGUCAGCUCACCAACGUGCUCCUAGGCAUGGCCGACAGCUUAUGGGUCGUACCACAGCGUCUAAUCGAGCAGGGCAAGAUUGUCAUUGCCAUGUGAUCGGGCCUAUUUGACUGACCAUUUUGAUCGAGACUGUGUUGCUAAAUAAAUUUGUUCCAAAUUUGCUAUUUGCUAUGAUUGUCGCUCAACAAAGAUGACCAAAUAUAAAUAAAUUAUAAUAAAACUUAAUGCAAUGCGUGUAGCGUGUUUAUGCUUGCUUCAGCCUGGGCAUUUACAUCUAAACGUAGAACUAGGAUUAGUAAAAAAUAGGAAGAAAUAGGAUUGU